ACGCGACGCAAAUCGAACCGGAGCGAGCAGGCAAGAAAACCUCGCGACACUGCUGCCUCUCAACUCUCAAGCCCGUUUUCUUGUCCCCUUCCCGUGCUUCCCCGUCUCGUAGCGCUGUUUUCUUUAGCCCGCAGGCUGCCGAGGGUGCAACGCGAACGCCAACCCAAUGAACCCAUCCCCGUCGCCCUCCCCUCCCCAACCCUAGCCUACGCCGCGGGCAUAGAUAGAUCUUACCCCGCCGCCGGCCACGCCGAGCCCUAGCUUCCCCCUCCGCCGCCGCUGCAGGCACGAUCGGCGCCUCGUCGCGCGGGUCGGGGGUAAGGGAGGAGGAUCCCGCGGCCCCCAUCGGGACGGGGGCCAUGGAGGUGGACGCCGCCGCGGCCGCGGCCGGCGCGAAGCCGCUGACGCUGGAGGAGGAGGCGUUGAGGCGCAGCACUGACUGCGUCUACUUCCUCGCCUCGCCCCUCACAUGCAAGAAGGGGAAUGAAUGUGAUUUUCGUCAUAGCGAGGGUGCCCGGAUGAACCCUAGAGACUGUUGGUACUGGUUGAAUGGCAAUUGUUUGAAUCCAAAAUGCUCAUUUCGCCAUCCGCCAAUUGAUGGCCUCUUUGGUGCCCCAACUCCUGGAGUACCUUCAGUUUCUUCACACUAUGGUGCUUAUAACUCGGGCAAUCAGAUGGUACCAUGCUAUUACUUCCAGAAAGGGAACUGCUUGAAAGGUGAUAGGUGCCAUUUUUAUCAUGGACUGCAAGCGGCUGGUAAUAAUCCCUCGGAACAGGUGGUGAAGGUUCCUUCCAUUCCUUUGGAACAGCCCCAGUCUCAAAAGAAUGACGAGUCUGCAGAGCCAAAUAAUUCAAUGCAGCAACGUGCUCCAAUAAUUGGUGACAGGUCCAGAAUGGCAGUUGAUUUGUCUAUGGUCCAUGCUGCCAAGACUGGUGUAGCUGCAGUACCUUCUGAACUUACUUCCAAUGCAGUGAAGUCUAGGCUCAAUUCAGAGAAGGUACCCAAUAAUACGCUAGCAGUGAAGAAAAGUUGUGAGGAGGAUCAUCCUGUAGGAAGUGACUUUAUCCAAGAUUGGAACCAGGAUUACAAAAUGCCUCCUACAGAUGAUCUGCCACAGAACAGCGGGGAGGCUGAUGAUUUUUUGGGGGAGUCUUCGCCUGGUUUUGAUGUUCUUGUGGACAAUGAUGCUGAUGGUGCUGCUUAUUUACACGAUGAGGAAGACUUCAGAAGGGAUAUGUUCCCAGUAGAAGACUAUGAAUAUGCUCCAGCUGAUUUUGAUAUUCGGGCCCAUCAUGAAAGAGAGCAGUUCAAUGGAAUGGGUGAGCAUAACCAGAUUGGGCAACUGUAUGAUGGCUAUGAAAGGAAAAGGCGUAGAUCAUCAUCUGAGAGGAGCAUGGACAGACCUUUCCAUUCAGAUAGAAGGUUUCUGCACAGAGAGAUCGAUCAUGCUGAGAUGGAUGGAUCUGACCUACGUCAUCAGCUCCGCAGGAGAAGAAUAAAUGGGUCUUCAACAGCCAUUAGCCCAGAGCACAAUGGAGAGCAGUACUGGAGGGAUGAACACUACAGGGAAAGGGCACAUGGUGGUCACCAUACACACAGAGAUCGCCGUCAGGCCCCACGAGGAAGCACUCUGAGCGCUCGUCUGCAGAGCAGAAUAAAGCUUCCUGGGAAAUCACCUGAUAGAAUUGAUACUCGCUUUGAGAAUGAGCGAGAUAGAAGGCGACUCCAGGACAGACUCUCUCCAGUUAGGCAUAUGGAUUUUCACGGGGUUAGGCAUCGUGAGGCAGGACAACAUCAUGAAAGGAGCCUGUGGAGAUCAAGUGAACUUGCCUCAAGUGUCAGGCAUGCAGAUGGUCACUCUUCGAGAAGAGAUGCGGUGGAUUCAGUUCACUUUGCUGCUCGGAAAAACUUAGGAGAGCCUAGAAAGGCCAAUGGAAUCGUGGAGUCUGAAGAUUUUGAGGGCCCAAAACCCCUCAGUGUCAUCUUGCAGAGGAAACGAGAGGCCACAGUAGGCAAUAACUCGUCUUCCAGCUAUGUGAAAUCUGCUGUGGCUGCAGUUACGCAGCCUGGUUCUCUGGUUGAAGUUGACAAGAAAGGCUGUGACAACAUUGUUGUCAGCUCUGAAGAUUGCAAGAGUGGAUCAGGUGACGAAGAGUAUACGGAUGAGGAGAAAGAUCAGAUCCCUGUAGAGGGUCAGGGGCAAUUUUCAUCUCAUGGUGACAAAUUUGAGGUUGAGGAUGUUACUGAAGUGGAUCCGUCGGAAAAUCAAGAGGCAGAUAACUAUGACCAGAGAGAGGGUGAGUCUGAUGACUACGAGACAAUUCAAGGUCAUGACUACAAGUCUGAAGAUGAAAAUAUGUAUCAAGACGAUGAAGACUUGGAUGACGAUGAUGAUGAUUUUGCUCAGAAAGUAGGAGUUGUUUUCUCUUAAGCUCUAUGUACUGUAGCUUCUGUUGUUUGAUGCAAAGCUGAACUGCUUUCUCUUGAGCUCUAUUGUACUGUAGCUUCUGGCACUUGAUGUUUCUUUUUUUUAAGUUGAUAGUGGCAAAGCCUAUUUGUUUUCUGAGGCUGAUAACUGAUAAGUAUAGGUCAGAUAUGAAGCGAGGUAGCUUCCAUAAAUGAUUAAGGCUUUACAUGUAAAGCAGCUGAUUGUUCAGUAUAUCUGAUCUAUCCAACUUUGUACUGUAUUAGUUUCCUUACUAACAUCAGGAUAUUUAUUCGAUCAA